GGGCCAACAAGCAGGAAAACAAGCGGUUGGCGGGCUCACGGCGCGCUCGCCAAAGCUCGAGAACCAGCUGCAUAACUGGCGAGCACGCUGCAGGGCCGAUACGCCCGGGCCAAAAAACAGAGGAACUGGAAAGGGAGGGGCGGAGAAGAGGGAGCGGAGAGAGACAUGGAGGGAGAAAGCACGACUCGGAGGAAGGAGGACCGGGAGGAGAAGGGAGGCACGAGCUUCCACUGCCCCCGCCCGAAAGGCCUUCAGCAGCCAGCGGCCCUGCAAAAACUGCGGCCCGGCACUGGCCACACGCUGCGCACGCCGCCACCGCCCAGAAGCGGGGGGGUAGACCGAGCAGAGGUCGUGCACACAGCUGCCCCCGUGCCGCGAGGCACGAGCUGGGGUGCACUCGGGCCCCAGACUUCGGCAGCGAGCGAGGGGGGAAGUGAGAAGGAAAAAACUUGCUCAGAAGUGUGAAACUUGACGCGAACUCCCGCUGCAGACAUCCCACGAAACGGCACACUCAAACUCUAGGGCGCGCUCGUCAAAAAUCGUCGGCAACUCCAGAUCCAGGCGCACUCGAGCACGAAAACUGGACCGCAAGAGUCCAGGACGCGCCCGUCAAAAAAACGUCGGCAACACCCCGCCGGCAGUGCUCUUCAGCCCGCUACAUCAAAGCAAUGAAUUGCCCAUCGGCCCAGAGCUGCAAGCGCCUCGCGAGCUCGACCCGCAUGUUGACUCCGCGAGGUACCGGGCCGAGCAGCAGCCGCGGCCGCGCUUCCUCGAGCACGCAGUGCGCCCACGUCGCUCUCGGCGAUCCGAUUGAGCAGGCCUGCGAAUGUUGUGGUCUGCCGUAUGCGCUGGCCCACUGGCACGCGAAGGAGUGUGGUCGACGGGAGGUCGCGCACCCGAGCCAGGAAGUCCGCGUGCUCGUCGGACAGCAACCCAGGAGGCAUAGGCUCCUGAGGGGCAGGCGCUGGCCACCCUGCCCGGGCAGGCGGCAGCUGGUCACCGGCCACAGGCGGCCCUGGCGGCCCCGUGGAUUGGCGCCGCGGGCACCCCCGGCACGCCGUCGCCCUCAGGGAGCCGCGACCUGCACAUGCCCCGCGGUCGAGUCCACGAAGUACGUCGCAAGCAUGCUCCGAGAGAACGUGCCCGGCGUGACACCGAGCACGGCGCGCGACCAAAUACUGCGCCCGUCCCCUCGCCGAGAAAUCGGUGCACAAAGGGCACCGCAGCAGAGGCGGCGGCAAGCUGCUGGCAGACUCCCACCCUCCUGCGAUCUGCGCCGCGGGCUGAGCCUGAGAAAGCUGCCCCUCCGGCCAGCGGCGUAUCCAUCCCAGCAAGCGCGCC